AUUUUUCUAUAAAAAAAUCGAAUUCUUGCAUUAAUAAAAUAUUAGUAAUGAGAGAAUUUCUUAAAAAUAGGAACCUCUUCAUGAGAUAUAUUUUUCAGGGAAAAUAUUACUCAGGCUGUGUUUAUAUUGGGCGUCAAGUUUCUCGUUCUGGGCUGGGCGGUUCACAUUCUGUUGAUUCAUAGGUUAAUGACUAAUUUGCUCUCAAAGAAUUUUAUUACGUUUUCCUUCACCGAUGACGCUCCGAUUUUGUGAAUGACUUGUUUUAAAAAUAUAUAAUUUCAUUGUUUAGUUCUAGAUGACUGCAAAAAUGUUAUUAGUUUGGAUUUUGUGUAUGGUGAUUGUUUGUGUUUACUGUCAGUAUGAGUGGCAAAGACGAGACGCUUUUGAUGAGAUACGAAUGAAAAUAGACAAAGUAGAUGCUAAUAAUUGUCCAAUCGUUCAGCAUGCAGAUUUAUUUUUGCCUCAAGAUUCCGUGUCCCAUCUCCCUGAUGUGAAAGAUGUAAAUAUAAAUCCAGUUUUCCCAAACAGGACAGCCCUUCUUCAUUUGCAUAAUAUGGCAAUGAGUAGAGCAUUCUUUUUUAGUUAUAUAUUACAAGCACGAUUCAUUCGCCCAGCAAUCAACGAUACUUAUGAUCCUGGGAUGAUGUAUUAUUUUCUUUCCACGGUUGCUGAUGUUUCAUCUAAUCCUCAUAUAAAUGCUAGUGCAAUUUAUUUCUCUCCAAACAUGUCCUACUCCCCCACAUAUCGAGGAUUCUUCAACAAAACAUUUCCAAAAUUCGCACCUAGAACAUUCCGUGCUGACGAUUUCAAUGAUCCAAUCCAUCUUGAGAGAAUAUCCACCAGGAAUACAUUUACUGUUGGUGAUCUUGGUGCUGUAUCAAAAGAUACACAGAGUAAUGAUUAUACCUCAGACUUCUACAGGAUAAAUAAAUGGUAUAAAGCAUGGCUUCCUGAUAAUGUUGUUGGUAGACAUGACACCAAAACGACUUAUCAAGUUGAGAUUCGAUAUGCAAACAAUACAAAUGAAACAUUCACUUUUCACGGACCGCCAGGUGCCGAUGAAGUGCCAGGACCUGUUAAAUGGACUCAGCCAUACUUCGACUGUGGGAGAUCCAAUAAGUGGCUCGUAUCAGCUGUUGCACCUGUUGCUGAUAUCUAUCCCAGGCAUACUGGUUUCAGACAUAUCGAAUUUCCCACGUACGCGGCAGUUACUGUUUUAGAAAUGGAUUUUGACAGAAUUGAUAUCAAUCAAUGCCCUAUAAGUAACGGUAAUAAUGGACCAAACAAGUUUGCUGAUACAGCUCGUUGUAAACAGGAAACAACUGAGUGUGAGCCGAUUCAUGGAUGGGGCUUCAGAAGAGGAGGCUACCAAUGCAGGUGCCGGCCCGGCUUCAGGCUGCCAACUGUCGUGAGGCGCCCGUUUUUGGGCGAAAUUGUCGAAAGAGCAACGUCCGAGCAAUACUAUAAUGGAUUUGACUGCCUUAAAAUCGGAUGGAUUCAUAAAAUACCCAUAAAGUGGGAGACGGCACCUCCUUAUAUAAGAGAAAAGUACCUGGACAGAUAUUAUGAAUACCGAAAUUUCUCCACUGGACCCGAAUCUCUUCACGCAAGACAUAUGAAUAUUGACGAAGUCCUGAAAUUUAUUCAUGGUGUAAAUCAUAACACAUGCAAAAAGUACAAACCGGAUGACUUGACAUUGCUUGGUGAUAUUUCUUUUGGCGCCGAAGAACAAUUUGUCAAUGAAGCUAAAAUGGCUGUGCGUCUAGCCAAUUUCUUGAGUGCCUUUUUACAGAUUUCAGAUCCGAAAGAGGUGUUUUCUGGAAAGCGACUGGCAGAUCGGCCGAUUUCCGAGGAUCAGAUGUUUGGGGAGACUUUGGCAUUGGUGAUGGGAGACAGCAAAAUCUGGUCAGCCGGAACUUACUGGGAACGCAACAAGUUCACUAACCGCACCCUCUUUGCUCCCUACGCCUACAAAAAGGAACUCAAUACUCGCAAAUUCUUCUUGGAAGAUGUUGCCAGGCUCAACUCCACAGAGGAACUCUAUCUAAAUAAGCCGUGGUUCCAGUUUCUGAAACAAAGAUGGGCGGCCAACUUCGAUUCCCUCGAAAAAUUCUACUUGAAAAUGAAAAUUCGAUCCAAUGAAACAGGCGAACAUACCAAGAAAUACGAACACUACCCCAACUCAUACAGAGCGGCAAACAUCGAUCAUGGCCAUUGGACCAAUCCGUACUUUGAUUGCAAUGGCAAGGUGAAGAAGUGGUUAAUCACUUACGCGGCUCCAUUCUUCGGUUGGGACAGCAUCAGAGUUAAACUGGAAUUCAAGGGAGUUGUUGCUGUUACAAUGAAUCUACUGCAGUUGGAUAUCAAUCAAUGUCCUGACAAAUACUAUGUCUCAAAUGCUUUCAAAGAUACUCAUAAGUGUGAUAGGAGAACAUCAUAUUGCGUACCGAUCCUGGGCCGGGGAUUUGAGAUCGGGGGAUACAAGUGCGAGUGUCUCCAAGGCUACGAGUAUCCUUUUGAGGACCUCAUCACAUAUUAUGAUGGACAGCUGGUCGAAUCUGAAUUCAGUAACGUGGUGGCGGAGAAACCCACUAGAUAUGAUAUGUUCAAGUGUCGCCUUGCUGGUGCCUCCAGCCUGGAGUCGAGUUUCUAUGCCAUUUGCUCAUUGAUAAUCGCCUUGUGGAUCUUGCAGAGAUAGAUUUGGCCUUUAAGCCCAGUUCAUAAGAGUUUCAAAUUCUAAAUUCAAGGGAAUCAAAAGAAUUGAGGGACACUUUUAUAUCAUCAUACCAGUCUAAAUAGUGUCAUUAUAUAUAUUAUAGAUUUAAGCGCACGCACUUAUAGGAUAUAGUGAAUUGGAAGUUUCAAUUAAUGAGGUUGAUGGUUUGUGCAGUGAGUAUGGUUAUUUUCACAUAGAUAAGAUAUUUUAAUUCGUGAUUCAUCUAUUACUAAUGAAUUUCCAUUUAUGAAUUCAUAUAGAAGUUAUUAUAGUAGAGAUCUCAAAUUGAAUUUUUGAUAUAUGAAGAUUCGUUCAAUCUUAAUUUUUUGGAUAAAAUUCUUCAUUUAUUUAUCGAAGAAACAAGGGGGUUGUCUCUAAUAUUUAGCAAUUUCUGUGACAAGUUGACUUGAGCAAAGAUAGGUAAGCAUUCUCUUGCCUGAGAAGAACCCUUAAAUAUGACCUGACUUCUACUUACAUAAAGUAUAAGUUAUUUUAGAUUCACUGUGUUUAGAAUUUAAGAAAAGAAAUUGAAUUUUAUUGUUGGCGUUGAUUUGAUGAAUCAAAUUAGAACAUUGAUAGUGCAAUAAUUGUUGACAAAUUCGAAAAUAUAUCUCUUGAACUACGUUGAGAGUGAUAGACACAACUAUCAUUGAAUCCCUAGUUCUAUAAUUUAGAUUGAAUAUAAUUUUUUAAUGUUGAAUAACUUGAAUUAGAAAUCUUCCGAUUCCUCAAGUAAACUUUUAAACUUUUUAUUGUCAAUUACCAACUGUUAUUCAUAGUAAAUGAAUAAAACCAAAUUUUUCAAGCGGAAAUUCUAAGUUUUAAUUGUUAAAAUUAAAGCAAAGUUACAAUGGUUAGAUACCUUUCUCCCCCAAUAUUGAGAAUACCUACUCGAAUAUACAGCAUGUUAGGAGAAUCUCUUCACCAACAGGAGACUUACGAUGGAUAAAUAAAUAUAACAGCUGUUAUAUAUAGCUAUGGUGAAUGU